CCCGGAAGCGUGGCCAUCCCUGUCCUGCAGCCGCGGUUCCGUAAUGGCUGAGGAAUGGAGAUAGUCUCUGGGCUCGCGUCCUAUGCCCUGGCAAAGUUCUUCUUUCUUUCGCGGCUGUCAGUUAAAGAAGAUGCGGAAAAAAUCAGGAAAAUGGAAGAGAAAACGCUAGAAGUCUAUGACAUUAUUCGUACAAUUCGUGACCCAGAAAAGCCAAACACGCUGGAGGAGUUGGAUGUGGUCACCGAAGAGUGUAUCGAUGUGAAAUUACUCGCUGAUGACGAAUACCUCAUCAUUAUUCGAUUCACACCAACUGUCCCUCACUGCUCUUUAGCCACUCUGAUUGGUCUCUGUCUGCGAGUCAAGUUACAACGAUGUUUACCUUUCAAACACAAGUUAGAGAUCUACAUCGCUGAAGGGUCACACACCACUGAGGAAGAUAUUAACAAGCAGAUCAACGAUAAAGAACGUGUGGCAGCAGCUAUGGAGAACCCAAAUCUGCGGGAGAUCGUGGAGCAGUGUGUUGUGGAGCCCGAUGACUAACGGCCCCCGGACCUGCAGGAGAUGGGACUCUGGCUUGUGGCCUGUCUGAAACAGGUCGCCUCCACUCUGUGCAAUGACCAAUACUGCAGUGGCAAUCACUAACACAAACACACCCUUGUUGUAUAUGCUGAGAUUGCUGUGUUACUUCUAUCGUUUUAUGCUGAGAAUUUCGCUCAGAACAAGAGUCUUUUUGAUAUAUCGUCACAGGACCUGAAGCAUGAAAAAUAACCAGGAGUACUUCAGAAUUUUACUCUGAAUUGCUUUAGUAUUCGAUUGUUAAAACUGUAUUCUUAAGGAGAGCACAAACGUUAACACUGAGGAAUGGUGACUACUGAUCCCAGUUGUGGUGGUCCCUGUCUGCGGGAGAGGGGAGGAAUCUGGAAAAUUCAAGAAGAUUUAACAACAUUAGAAUUGUUGUCCACAUGCAAUUCCUGUACUGUGAUCUUUGAACAAUAAAAUGUGUUCCUUGUUUGAA